CCGCAUUGAGUACUGACCCUACUGUGGCCCCAGUUCAUUGGUAGAAAUGGUCACCUGGAUAACCAUAGCUAAAUGAUAUUUCACCACACACAAACCCAACUUCAACAUCUCUUACCCUUUCCCACAUUUCCCUCGCCACAAAUCUCCAACAACAUAUCAGCCCAGCAUGACCCGUCUUUUCGAAAUCGAUCCAUCAUGCAUCCCCUCCCACUUCACCCGCGUAGUCUACCUAAUUCCCCCAGAAAUCCUAGUCCGCCUCGGCCCAACCUUCCAAGAAGCCCUCGACAUGACUGUUCUCAGCCUCCAUACGGCCCUUAGCAAAGACCACCCCGGGAUCCGUCACUUCGGCACGGCGUACAGUAUCAGGAUCAUCACGAUCGUCCUGGACAUCGUCCCGGACCCAUCACUGCCCUCAGAUAGCACCACCGCCAGCAGCAGCAGCAGCAGCAGUAGUAAUCGAACCGAAAUCCUACACCUCCGAAGAGGAAGGCAAAGGCAAUGCCAACUGUUGGGGUUCCCGGACCCUGGACUGCGAUUGCGUGCCCGCGUCGACGAGCAGAUUGCAAUGAUCCUGAAGCGUCAUCCGGAAAUCGAAACUCCUAUCCUGUGUUCUCAGUACUGGGAUGGCGGGGGGGCGAAGGAUAGUGAUACCUACAAGAGAUUGGUUGAGGCGGGGGCCUCGUGGGAGAAGUGGGGAGUGCAUUGCGACAAGGUAAGUGAUAUAUCCCGUCAGGCCUUGUGUGGGGACAUUGCUUUUACUGACAAAGGUGGUAAGUUGAGGAAGAAAAGGGCGCAGUUCCGGCGCAAUUUGGCGAGACGACGGCUUGGUGUAGAGCGGGCGAAGGAGACCGUUCAAUCCGUUCCACCGGAUAAGGAGGCGACGGUGCCGCCGAGAGCACGUAGGAAUUGGAGCCAACUGGCUGCUGACAUCGGAAAAAUGAUGCAGAAUCAUCCAGUUCCACCGGUGAUGGAGUUCUCGUUGGAUCCAGGAUGGUACUCGUUGCAGAGUCGUUUUAGGACUGCCCUCGAAAAUCGGGCUAAAUCUUUGAUUCAAGAUUCACAAAGUAUCCCUCCAGGCGAAGCCAGUGAAAGCGCGAAGAUGAUGCGGGAUCGUCUCCUCGAAUGGUAUAAACGGGAGUUCGAAGGGAAAGCUGGAAAUGGUUCAGAGCCGGAACAUUCAGACCAACAAUAGUUGAUCU